CGUCAGUGAUUUAUUUCCAAUCAGCAAUCUAUGAAUCUAGAUAUUUCAGAAUUUGAGAAAUCCCAAGAAAAAAGAUAUUGCAAUAUUUGAACUAUAGCAAGUUAUUAUAAUUUAUGUUGUAAUAGACAUUGAAAGUGCAGAUUAUGUUCUUGUUGUAACGAGUUUAGUGUGGUCUAAUAAGUACAUUAAUAUUUUACAAUGGCUAACAACAGAAUUCCCUCGGGACCUAACACACCUGGUAGUCAACAGACUCCUACACAACAGGGUAUUAAGAUAUUCAUACAAAGAGACUAUUCUGAAGGUACAGCUGUUAAAUUCCAAACAAGAUUUCCUCCAGAAUUAGAAGAUAGGAUAGACAGACAAACAUUUGAGUAUACAAUAGAGAAGCUAAAUGAGCACUUUGACAUGGCAGAAACAGCUGACUGCAGCACAUAUUGUGAAGGAUGCUUGGCCUGUCUCACAGCCUAUUUCAUAUAUAUUUGUACUGAGACACAUUAUGAAAAGCAUCUUCGAAAGAUAUCAAAGUAUAUUGCCCAGCAAAAUGAAAGAGUGUACAAUCCAAGAGGAAUUCAUUUAACUGACCCUAUACUACGAGGUCUCAGAGUAAUAGAAGUCACAAUUAUAGACUUACCGAACUGUCAGAGUCCAACUGGUAACUCCACUCAACUUCGGCACACUUGACCACCACAAGAAAAUAGGGAGUUCUUUAUGUAACAAUUAAAGUAUUGGUUUUAACGGUGCUUUGAAGGUGGGUUGUUUGCUUUAUACUUUUUAUUCAGUAAAUAAUGGUAAGUAACUGGCAAUGUCUAGUACAUUUUCCAACACAAAAAAUUUA